AUGGUGAACAAAUUCGAAUCUUACGACCAGUACAAGCUCCUUAUCACCGGCUCGGACGUAGUCCUCAUCGACUUCUCGGCUACUUGGUGUGGCCCAUGCAAAACUAUCUCCCCAAUCUUCGAGUCGCUCGAAAGCAAACACCCUCAUGUGAAAUUCUACAACGUCGACGUCGACGAGCAGCCUGAGAUCGCAUCGGAUGUCGGGAUCCGCGUUAUGCCUACAUUCAUUGCUUUCAAGGACGGCAAGAAGCUCGACAAUCUUGUUGGUGCUAACCCUCAGGGCCUUGUAGAGCUGCUUGCCACGGUGUCAAGGGCUUGA